CCAAAAGUGAUGAGGUCUCCAAGCAGUGAGGUGAAGACAGUUUUGAAGAAAGGUGCAUGGAGUCAUGAAGAAGAUGAGAAAUUGAAAUCUUAUAUUAGCAGAUAUGGCAUCUGGAAUUGGUCUCAUAUGCCAAGAUUUGCUGGUUUGUCAAGGAGUGGAAAGAGUUGUAGGCUUCGAUGGAUGAAUUAUCUUAAGCCAAACAUAAAGAGAGGGAAUUUUUCCAAAGAAGAAGAAGAAAUUAUACUUCAUUCUCAUUCACUUCUUGGAAAUAGAUGGUCAGCAAUUGCAUCAAAACUUCCAGGAAGAAGUGAUAAUGAAAUAAAGAACUAUUGGCAUACACAUUUGAAGAAACGUGCAAAUCAUACUACAUUGGAAUGUAGUAAAUCAGUAGACAAACAAAAUAAUCACCUCAUCAACGAUCGUUGUGGGUCCCUAUUCGUGCAGACUUCUGAAGACGAAAUUUAUCCCUCUACCAGUUUUAAAGGUUAUGAAAAUGAAAUUAAUGAUGAUUUUUAUAAUAUCUAUUCACCUGGAACUGUAAAAGAUCUCCAAUGUUUUUGGAAUCAGGUUUUUCCUUUGGAAACCACUAGCUCCGUUGAAUCAGACAUCUUUCGGUAUUGA